AUGGCUUUGCGAUCUUGGAUUGGCUCUCUGGUUACCUCGGACCCGGACGUUGUCGCGGCCACGGCUACGGUCCUCCCUGUCAUCGCCGUCUUCCAGGUGCUCGUCCCGUCAAAUGCCAGGGCACUGGGCAUCCUCAGAGGUGCGGGAAGGAGCCAUAUCUCUGGGACUUGUAAUACACUUGCAUGCUGUGGGGUGGGGAUAUCGCUUGGCUGGGUGCUGGAAUCCCAGCUUGGCUGGGGCCUGGUCGGGUUGUGGAUUGGAAUCAUAUGUGGCAGUGGCGUGCUGCUCAUUCUACUAACUGCGUUUAAACUAACACUGCCGUGGAAAAUCAUUGCUCUAGCAGCUUCUGGCAAAUGGAAUGAAAUGUCAGAUAUCCGACUCGCGGGAUUCCUGCGCAGCAGCAUCUUUUGCCGAACGGGAGGCUAG